GCCUCCCACCACUCACCACGCAUGCGUGGCUCUGGGAGUGCGCAGCACGGCGAUCGGCGAUGCGCUGUGUCCCUCGAACACAGCGGAUCACCGGUGUACACUGAUCAUCAGGGCACUGAUGAUCAGUGUGCCCUGAUGAUCAGUGUAGCCCCAGCAGUGCCACCUAUCAGUGUCCAUCAGUGCCAUGUGUCAGUGCUCAUCCAUGCCACCUGCCAGUGCCCAUCAGUGCCACAUAUCAGUGCCUAGCAGUGCACAUCAAUGCCACAUAUCAGUGCCCAUCUGAGCUGCCUUUCAAUGUCACCUAUCAGUGCCAGUCAGUGCCACCUAUCAGUGCUGCCGAUCAG